AGGAGGCAAAAGAAGGAGAAUAUAGUCGCUCAGUAAACCAGACAGUGGCGGUAAUUAUAAUCAAGUGAAAACACUCAACAUGUUGAACGAGUUGGUGAAGGAGCGACUCACGGCGGCAGCUGACGAAAUAUGCGGGCUGUUUGAAAGAACGAUCGCGUCGUACGCCGAGGAACUUUCUCGAACAAGAAAGGAAAACGAACGACGACGACAACAACUGGAAGCGAUCUGCAAGACACACAUUGUGAUACACGUUGAAGACCUCCAGCAGCUGAUUGGUUGUCAAGAUGAACUUCCCCUUCCGCCCCAGCAGGUGCGCUCCACUUUGAAGCAGGAGGAUCCACAGCCCACCUUCGUUAAAGAGGAGGAGGAACUCUGGAUCACUCAGGAUGGAGAACGACUUCUCGGGCCAGAGGAGGAGGAUGAUCUUGCCAAGUCGCCACUGACUAGUAUUUCUGUUAAGACUGAAAACCAUGAAGACAAGCCACCCGAGUCCUCGCAGCAUCAUCACAGUCCAAGUGAGGAGACCAAAGGGGCGGAGCCUCCAAGCAGCAGCUCUCCACAACACAUCACAACAGAAGAUGAUGAAGACCACUGUGGAGGAUCACAUCUAUCACAUAGUGAUGACACAACAUCAUACUCUUCUAAAGAUGGGGACGCCGCCAAAGAACCUUUGAGCAGCGAUACAGACUGUAUCAAACACUCUAUACGCUCCGAAAAACAGACGGGUAAAAACCAUGGGAUUUUAGGGAACGUUCACAGGAGAACACACACAAGAAAAAAACCCUUUUGUUGUUCAGUUUGUGGAAAAAGAUUAACGGAUAGGUCAGCGGUGGCGUCACACAUGACAACGCACACCGGAGAAAAACCUUUUAGUUGUUCGGUAUGUGGUAAAAAAAUCUCCCAUAAGUCAACCAUGGUAACACACAUGAGAAUACACACGGGGGAAACACCUUAUAGUUGUUCGGUGUGCUGGAAAAGCUUUUAUAAAAAGUCCUCCGUAAUAAGACACAUGAGAACGCACACGGGCGAAAAGCCUUUUGGUUGUUCAUGGUGCGGCGAAAGAUUCUCUGUGAAGUCAAAUAUGGUACAACACCUGCGAACACACACAGGAGAAAAACCUUUUAGUUGUCCUAUUUGUGGUAUAGGAUUCUCGCAAAAGUCAAAUAUGAUAAGACACAUGGCGAGAGCACACACAACCUUAUGAUUGUUCUAUAUGUGGUGAAAUAUUCUCUUCAUAGCCACAAAUGGAACUGCUGGGUUGCAACUAGAGAUGUCCGAUAAUGGCUUUUUUGCAGAUAUCCGAUAUUCCGAUAUUGUCCAAUUCUUAAUUACCGAUUCCGAUAUCAACCGAUACCGAUAUGUACACUUGUGGAAUUAACACAUUACUAUGCCUAAUUUUGUUGUGAUGCCCCGCUGGAUGCAUUAAACAAUGUAACAAGGUUUUCCAAAAUAAAUCAUUUCAAUUUAUGGAAAAAAAUGCCAACAUGGCACUGCCAUAUUUAUUAUUGAAGUCACAAAGUGCAUUAUUUUUUUUAACAUGCCUCAAAACAGCAGCUUGGAAUUUGGGACAUGCUCUCCCUGAGAGAGCAUG